CUUGACGCCAUAGUAGUCAACCAGUUCCGUGGUGGAGAGGCCCUAGGAGGGGCUCCAACACUCGGAACUCUGAAUGUAGCCCACGUCCAUUGUUCUCAUACCUUCUUCCAUCGCUGGAAGCUGCUCACCUUGGACCUCGGGACAUGGAUCCUCAGUUCCUCUCUUCUCCCCGGGGUGACCGGAUUCCCCAAGUUUUCUGAAUAGUUCAGAAGCUGAGUCUCAGCUCGUGGACCCUGACUUUUCAGCGUAGCUCUUUCUGGGAGUCUGACCACGUUUUCUGUUGGUAACAACAGUGUCACAGACCAGGAAGCUGGAUUCAGAAGCCAGAGGUGAGAGUUGAACAUAAACACUGUAGUAUGCAAUGCAGAUAUCUUACCCAGACUCUCAACUGAGACCAAAUCCGUGCUGGUUUUGAAUGGACUGUUAGAUCAUUUGUUUGAUCCUUUUCCAAUUUUGAGAUUCAUUCCAUUGUGGUCAGAAAAGAUACAUGGAAUCAGAUGCCAUCCUCUCUCACUAAAGACACUGAUGACAGAGUGCAGAAGCCAUGUUCAAGGCUGCUGCUGCCUUCCUGCAACAAACCUUUUCCUCUGGCCAGGUGAAUUGGUGAAUUGAAGCAGUGAGCAUCAAGAGCCAGAUUAUUCGCUCAAUAAACACAUUGGUGAGCUAGCCCAGAAGUCUGGGGUAUAUUCUUCAAGUGGCCUGACCCUCUUACAUUGGUAGAGACAGAGAAAGACCUUCCCAUCUGCGGGCACACUGCCCAGGGGCCUGCAGCAGCUAUGGCUAGGCAAGGCUAGAGCCGGCACCCAAAAGCUGUAUUUGCAUCUACAUAGAUAGGCAGGGGACUCAGUACUUGGAUCAUCAUCUCUCAGGAUGAACAUUCGCAGGAAGAUGGAUCAGGUGGAAUAACCAGGCUCUGACAAGGCAGAGAGAAGACCCUCCUUCUGCUGGAUAACUCUACAAAAGCCCACAACAGCGAGGGAGGUCUGCCCUCCUCGUGUCCUAGUUAAUUACCCCGCAGGCUGGGUCAAGUGGCGCCCAACUUGGGGCACAAAGAAUGGGAAUUGAGCUGAACGUCGCUGGAAGAGCUGGCUGUUUCAUUUAGGUCGCCGCCUUGUCUCAUAACAGCCACCACUGACAAUUUGUCUGUGAUACGGGCCUGAAGAAGGUGAGUAAAGACCUGCAUAGUGGCCACCGCGUGCUGACCCGUCUGCGAUAUGGGCUAUGAGGGUAAGUGGAGCGACGAAACUAUGGGGCAAACACUAAGUAAGCAGGAACUCUUUGUGAAGGGGUUAAAAGCAUCACUCAAGACACGAGGAGCCAGGGUUAAAACGAAAGACCUUAUAGCAUUUUUUAUACUCCUAGAGGACGUGUGUCCUUGGUUUCCGAGGGAGGGGACGAUAGAUGAGAAACAAUGGCAAAGAGUGGGCGGUUGUUUAAAAGAGUAUUAUCAUACAUUUGGUCCUGAAAAAAUUCCUGUGCAGGUUUUCUCCUAUUGGAACCUUAUAAACGAUAUUCUUCAGAUCCAUCAUCUGCGCACUGAUGCCUCUAAGGCAGUGGAGGAUGUAGAAUCGUUCUUAAAAAGGAAAUUUAAGGACAGUCAGACUUCACUUAAUAAGGCUUGCUCCCCAUGCCCUUCAGUCUCUAAUCCUGUACCUGAGGAGCCCUUCAGUCAAAAAUCCCAUAUUUACCCAGCACUCUCUAAGUCUUUGGAGAAAGUAGGGGGUCCUUUACCCCAGGAGGAUCAAGUUUCCCUAGAAGAAGAAGCCACUAAAUACCAUGAUCCAGACUGGCCACCUGUUCCAGUCCUGCCACCUCAAUACGUUACCACCCACCCUUUUACUUGCCCCUGUAAUGGCCUCUGUACCUUCUCUUCCUGGCACUACUGAUGUUACUAGUCAGGCUAUUAUGGCUGUUACAAAUGAGGCCAAUAAACUUAGAAUGUUAUUACAAGCAAAAAAAAGGAGAAAAAUAGCUUAAUUAAGGAGUUGCAACUGUUGGACUUGGAGUUGCAAGAGUCAUCUGCUGGUGAGGCGCACAGACCCACACUGCAAGCCUUCCCGGUAACCAGAGCACAGUCAAAGAUAAAAAUAUCUCUCAGGGAACAAAAGGGUCGUGGUCUUAGAUCUAUUGAAGAUAUUGAGGAGGGGCAUGGCGAGGAUGAGGAUAAUGUGGCUAAUGAAAAUGAAGAUGAGGGACAAACUGAGCGACCUUCCUCUCAGGCAAAAGAUUCCUCUGAAGAGGAUGAGGAAACAGAGCCACAGUUAACCAAAGGGCAGGGGUAUCGACCCUUAAAAAUAAAUAUCUAAAGGAAUUAAAGAGUGCUGUCUCUCAAUAUGGCCUGACUGCACCAUUUACAUUAUCACUUUUGGAAUCUCUAACUGAGGACUGGCUUACUAUCAAUGAUUGGGAAUUGUUGGCUAGCGCCUCCCUAAGUAGGGGACAGUAUCUGUCUUGGAGAGCUGAAUGUAAACAACGCUGUCAAGACUUGCUGAUCGUAAUACGGCCUCUAGAGGCCAUUGUAAGACCUGGACCUUAGACAAACUUCUAGGAAAAUAUCCCUUUAACACUAAUGAGAAACAGGCUCUUUCCCAUCAGGAUUAUUGCUGCAAAUUCAACAUGCCGCUACCCAGGCCUGGCAAGGCCUUCCAUCUCCUGGCUUCAUUGUUUCUUCUAUAUCCAAAAUAAGACAGGGAGCUCAGGAACCGUUCAGUGAUUUUGUGGGACGCCUUACAGAAGCCAUUGGGAGACUUAUGGGCCCAAAAGAAACAGAUAGUGAUCUUGUUCGACAACUGGCUUUUGAAAACGCCAAUACUGCGUGUCAGGCAGUUUUACGUCCUCAUAGACAAAGUAAAUCACUUUCUGAUUACAUUUGUUUGUGCUCGGAUGUCGAUCCAGUAUCUCUUCAAAUUGGCCUGGCGGUUGGGGCCGCAUUUCAACUUCAGUCCCGGAAAUCAAACUCAGGGUUGUGCUUUAACUGUAAACAACCCAGACAUUUUCAAAAGGAAUGUUCCACCCCAAAAGUAGAAAAGCCGGUCCCCUCUUCCUUAUGCCCUCGUUGUAAGAGAGGCAAACAUUGGGCAUCUGAGUAUAAGUCUAAAACUGAUAUCCAAGGCAACCCACUGCCCCAGAAACAGGGAAACUGGAUGAGGGGCCCGCCCCAGGGCCCAAACCAACAAUGGGAUCAAACCCUGGGGCUGUCAGGUUUGUCCCCCAGCCUCCAACUCCACAAAUAUUGCCUCCCUCAUGCAGGCAACUGCAGGAAGUGCAGGAGUGGACCUCUGUACCACCUCCUGCACAGUAUUAACCCCAGAAUCCGGAACUCAAAUUUUGCCUACUGGAAUUUUCGGCCCUCUGCCUCCAAAAAUGUUUGGUUUUAGGAUGAGGAAGUUCUGUUAUCCAGGGCCUCCAUGUCUCUCCAGGUGUUGUUGACAAUGAUUAUACUGGAGAAAUUAAGCUUGUGGUCUCUGCUCCUCAGGGACCUGUAACCAUUCUUCUGGCACAAAGAAUAGCUCAAUUAAUACUACUGCCUCUCCUUAAUGAUAAUCCCAGUUAUAAAAAACAAAGAUCUUCUCAAAGCUUUGGUUCCUCUGAUAGUGGGUGCGUCAGAUAACCGAAAAAAGGCCAUUGUUAAAACUUAAACUGGACGGAAAAACUUUUGAGGGUUUAGUCGACACGGGAACAGAUGCCACUAUUAUUUCUGGUAAAGACUGGCCUUCAGCUUGGCCACUUGAUCCUUCCUUAACCCAUUUAAAAGGAAUAGGCCAAACUAUUAAUCCUCUCCAAAGUUCUAAGAUAAUUUCGUGGGAAGAUGAAGAGGGAAACAAAGGCACAGUGCAGCCCUAUGUGGUCGCUGGCCUGCCUGUCAAUUUAUGGGGCAGAGUAUUCUUUCUCAGAUGAAACUUUUUAUGUGCAGCCCAAGUGAAUUAAUUACUCAACAGAUGCUUAACCAGGGAUACCGCCCAGGCCAAGGACUAGGAAAAAACUCUCAAGGAUGCGUGACUCCCGUUACAAUUAAAAUCAAAACAGAUUGCACCGGUAUUGGUUAUAAAAAUUUUCCUUAGUGGCCAUUGACAUGCCUGUAUGCCAUGCAGAUAAAAUCUCUUGGGUGAGAACAGAGCCUGUGUGGAUUGAUCAAUGGCCUCUAACAUCUGAAAAACUGACCGCAGCUACAGCGUUAGUACAGAAACAGCUCGCUGCUGGUCAUAUAGAACCAACCACUUCUCCUUGGAAUACCCCAAUUUUUGUUAUAAAGAAAAAAUUGGGGAAAUGGAGACUCUUACAAGAUCUUAGAGAAAUUAAUAAGGUUAUGAUCCCUAUGGGUGCCCUUCAAAAUGGCCUUCCUACUUCAGUUGCUAUUCCUAAAGGUUAUUAUAAAAUAGUCAUUGGUUUAAAAGAUUGUUUUUUCACUAUUCCUCUUCACCCAGAAGAUCGUCAAUAUUUUGCAUUCAGCCUACCAGUAAUAAAUUUUAAAGGUCCUAUGCCCAGAUUCCAAUGGAAGGUCUUGCCUCAAGGGAUGGCCAAUAGCCCCACCUUGUGUCAAAAAUUUGUUGCCCAAGUCAUAGAUCCCUUCAGAUCAAAGGAUUCUUCUAUAUAUAUAAUCCAUUAUAUGGAUGAUAUUCUACUUGCUGGUCCAGACUCUAAUUGCCUUCUUUGUUUUUCUCAACAACUCUCAAAAGCCCUAAGGGAUGCAGGCCUUCAAAUAGCACCAGAUAAAAUUCAGUUGAAGGCUCCAUACUUAUUUUUGGGUUUUGAGCUAUUCACUGAUAAAGUAUUAUCUCAGAAGGUUCAUCUUAAAACUGAUCACCUUAAAACUCUAAAUGACUUCCAAAAACUUUUGGGUGACAUUAAUUGGCUCCGUCCCUACUUAAAAUUGACCACAGGUGAGCUUAAACCUCUGUUCGACAUCCUAACAGGAGACUCCGAUCCCCUUUCCAAGCGCUCUUUAAAUGCCCCUGCUCAGGAAGCGCGUUCUGAAGUUGAAGCAGCUAUUUCUAAUCAACAAAUCACCUUUAUUGAUUACAAUCAGCCUUUACAGUUUGUUAUAUGUGCUACUAGCUUUUCACCUACUGGAGUUUUUUGGCAAAAAGAACCUCUUUAUUGGGUACAUCUACCUGCUGCUCUCUCUAAAGUUUUAAUGCCUUAUACCACCUGGGUGGCUAAUAUUAUCAAAAUGGGAAGAGAACACAGUAGAAAAAUAUUUGGUAAGGACCCAGAUAAAAUAAUUGUACCAUAUAACUCUGCACAGAUUCAAUGGCUCAUUCAAAAUGAUGAUGACUGGGCAGUCUCUUGCAUAUCGUAUAUGGGAAACUUGGGUAAUCAUUAUCCUGCUGACAAUCUCCUUCAGUUUCUACGAUAUCAGCCUGUUGUUUUUCCAGUACGAACCUCCCUAAAACCCCUUUCCAAUGCCCUCCUUGUUUUCACGGUUGGCUCCUCUAAUGGACGAGCUGCCUUUUCCAUUAAUGGCAAGGUUUCUACUUUAAUGUCUCCAUAUCGCUCUGCGCAGUUAGUGGAACUGCUUGCUGUCCUGCAGGUAUUCAUCCAAUUUCCCUCCUCCCCUUUCAACCUGUACACUGAUAGUGCCUAUACUGCUCAAUCUAUUCCGCUGCUAGAGACAGUACCUUAUAUCAAGCCAACUACUAACACUUCACCUUUGUUUUCUUUAAUACAACAUUAUAUUCAUGCCAGAGUUGCCUCUUUUUAUGCAUGUCACAUCUGUGCUCACUCUGGUCUCCCUGGCCCUUUAGCCAAGGGCAAUGAGAUCAUAGAUCAGGCCACUCAACUAACAUUUUUUGCGGAAGCUGACUCGCUAACUCGGGCCAAAGAGGCUCACGCCCUACAUCACCUUAAUGCUCAAACCCUUCGCCUUCUUUUUAAAAUCACUCGAGAACAAGCAUGACAGAUUGUUAAGCAAUGCCAAAACUGUGUCACUUUCCUACCUGUGCCUCAUUUGGGAAUCAAUCCAUGAGGGCUGGUCCCUAAUGAGCUAUGGCAAAUAGAUGUUACUCACAUUCCUUCCUUUGGUAAGCUUAAAUACCUUCAUGUUACUAUUGAUACCUUUAGCGAUUUUCUUUUUGCUUCAGCCCACCCUGGUAAAGCCUCUGAAAAUGUUAUUGCACAUGUACUCAAUUGUAUGGCAGUUAUGGGAAAACCUAAGACAAUUAAAAUGGAUAAUGGCCCAGGUUAUACCGGGAAAAAUUUUCAAUGUUUCUAUAAACAGCUCCAAAUUAAGCAUAUUACAGGAAUUCCAUAUAACCCCCAGGGACAAGGCAUUGUAGAACGAGCUCAUCAAACAAUUAAAAACAUGCUUCAAAACCUCAAAACACAGACUUUGUAUCCCACUUUAGGAAUGCCUAAAAAUGUUCUCCAUCAUGCGUUAUUUGUAUUAAACUUUUUGACACUUGAUAAUAAGGGCAAGACUGCAGCUGAUCAUUUCUGGCAUGCGCAGUCAGUGGAUCAAUAUGCAACAGUCAUGUGGAAAGAUCCUCUCACUUCAAAAUGGAAUGGCUCCAUCCUGUGCUAAUAUGGGGAAGAGGAUCUGUUUGUGUGUUUGACAACAAAGAAAAUGCUGCCUGAUGGUUGCCUGAACGUUUGAUAAGGCCUAUUGAAGAUUUCCCUUGUCAAAACAAACACCUUCCUGACAAUGCUCUUACACCCUAAUGGGUUUCUCACCCUGUAAUUAUCUUAACUAAUAAACCCAGGAAAAGCCCUUAUUCCUGAGGUUACUCUCCUUCUCUUUUCAGGUAUCCUGAAGACUCUGCCAUUUUUCCUGAUAGCAUUUAAGUCCACCUCAGAGAAGAUGAAAAUCUUAAUCUUCCUCUCCAGUCUUGUGAUCAUCUGUGGUGUUCCCCUGAAACAUGAUAAUAUUUGGAUACGACUUGCAGAUAUCACAGGAUCAGAUAAUAUCUGCCUCCAGCAGGAUGUGCACAUAGGAGCUAUCUUGGGAUCCUGUCUGCUGCCUGUUUGUCAUCCAGCCGAAGAGAUUAAAAAUCUUACCUUCUUCUCACAAUUCCCAAGCAAGACUGUUUCUUAUGCAGACUCAUACAAUUGGGGAACUCCGUCUUAUAAAUUACCUAAGGACAUAAUUCAGUUAAUGACGCCUCAUGUGGCUGUGUCAAAAAAUGACACUUGUGCAGUGAUAAAAAAUUGUACCACAAAAUGUAAAAAAUUGGGUAAUGGAUUACAUUGUAAUAAGACUCAAAAAAUAUCUUAUGGCACUGGACAUAUUCUGUUGCCAGAAGGUUGGUUUUUCUCCUGCGGUAAUUUUACUUUUAAUUAUAUCCCUGCUAACAUUUCUGAUGGGAUUCAUUGUUGCCUUAGCAGACUAACUGUCUUUCUUCCUUCCCCUGAGAUGUUAGACUAUAAGAAUACCACACGUAAUCGGCAUAAGAGUCAAUCUUUACACCAAUUAGAUCCAUCCUGUGAUGAUGCAGUAAAUCUGCUCUCAAAGGAAGAAGUAGACGCUCUAGCCUUUUCAUUAGUAGGGGUUCCUGGUUUAGCUUUAGGUGCUUAUAAUACUGUUACAAAACUUGCAUGCACUAUGGUAAAAAAUAUUAAUAGUACCUCAACAGCCUUGUCUUUGUUAAACGAAGAACAACAAGUAUUACAGCAAGGUAUUCUAGAUAAUCGUGCAGCCAUUGAUUAUCUUCUCUUAUUACAUCACAAAAAAUGCAAUCAAGUUAAAAAUAUGUGUUGUUUUAAUCUUACUGAUAACUCUCAUAGUAUUGCUGUUGAAAUCCAAAAACUCACAGAACUUGCUUCUCACUUUACUCAAGACAAAGGGUCCGAGAGCUUAUUUAAUUGGCUUACAUCCUGGCUGCCAAAUUUCUCCUGGCUUAAAGAACUGUUUGUGGGGAUUGUAAUCUUCCUCAUACACCUCCUUACAGCUGGUCUUGUCGGCAGGUGUUUUGUGUAUUUUCUGACUAGGCAUUGGAAUUCCCUCAGAAGAUAAGAUGGUGGGUAGUCAAUGACGGGUAAAAUGGGUUGCCGCACGUAUCAACCUAAGACAGGGAUUCAUCAAUAACAAUGGAUUCUGAUGAUGGGUAAGAAUGUGCUGGUAAAUCCCACAACCUAAGACAGGCACCAUUGUUUGCUUCAUUAUAAAUAAAAAACAGCACCGCUCACAAAAACGUAGCGGUAUAGCGCUAAUGACAUGUAACCUCACCUUGCUAUAUACAAAGAAGGGGAAGAUGUUGGGAGUCACUGUGCUGGUUUCCCUGUAUACACCUCUGUUUAGAUUAACCUUCAACUACAAAUCACUAGAAAGCUCCAUUUGUACAGAUCACUGAUAAUGGUUGGCACUUGGCCUUCUGGCUUCAGUGCCCCCUGACCUCAUGACCUCUUGUAUCUUGAUAAGUGUAUUUGGUGGCUGUAAAACCCCACGGUAACUCCCCUUGUCAAGCUGAUGUUGAUUUAAAACUCCUGUAAAACCAUUCCUUCAAACUAUGUUGUAAAAUGACCCCUGCUUGCCCUCGACUGCCACAAUCCUUGCCUUGUACUAUAUAAGCUGCCUCCUUCUCCAAUAAAGUGGGACCUUGA